AUGCCCUCGUCAGAUUCUAGUUCGUCUUCGGCCGCCGGCGGUGGUGGUGCUCGCCUUUACGACAGCUCACCUCAGUCGAGUGACGGUUGUUCCGCUUCACGCUCGUCAAACAAGAGACAGAACAUGGAUAGCCAGCUAGUUCCAUACGCAGCUCCCACGGUUGCCGCUCCGGCCACGUUUGAUGAUAUCCGGAUUAAAUGUCACGAGGCUCAGAGCAUCAUCUUGAAGCUGCAGCAGGCAACCCAGUCCCAAUGCGGUAUCCCUGUGGCGAUCCGCGAGGAGUGGUUUGAGGACCUCAAGCACAUCGGACAGUGCUUCAUCACUGCUCAGGCUGCCAGCACCCACAUCGAGCGGGUCGUGAACAGCCAGCGCACGCAGCUGGAGAACGAUCUCCAGUAUGCUACCAUGGACCGGGAUCUCGCUCGGUCGGAGAAGACCGCCGCGGCUCAGGAAGUCGAUGUGCUUCGAGCUAGGCUUCGCGAUGCCCGAGAGGGAUCGGGCCCGAGAUCUGAGGAGCGGGAGCAGGAGCAAGCUAGCCCGACACCGCCCAAUACCUCAGCCUGGGUGCAGGAGCAGAAUUGGGGCCCGUCUCCAGGCCAGCAGCAGGCUUCAACGCCAUCCCGACCGCUGCUGGUGGCACCGGAUCGCACGUCGGGUCCACGCUCCGCUUCGUAUGCUGGCCGGUCGCCCAUGUACAACCGCCAGGACGACAACGAGGCCUACCUUCAGCGUCGCCUGACGAGCCUGGCCUAUGGAACUCCCAGCCGACAGCAAGGCGGCCCGAAUAUGGGCGGACGGCCAAACUUCGCUCAGGGACCAGGUCCCGCGAUGGCGUCGACUCCGCGUGGCCCGCCUCCUCAGUACGGCGGCCGUCGCGACACCGUCUCCUCUGGUGGCUACGAGUCCUUUGGCUCCGCCUCGACGCUGGGACCCUCUGCCUCGGUCUCGAACAUCGGAGCGAUGGCUUCCAACGCCCGGCCGAGCAUGGCCAUGACGCCCUGGGGAGGCCCGCUGUCGUCGAACAACGACACGACCCUCCGCGCCGAAGAGUCCCGCUGGAAGAACCUCAUCUUCAAGACCUUCGAGAUGGUUCUCGCCUGGUCGCGCGAGAACUGCAGCGAGCCGAACCCGGAGGGCCUGAAACUCCUCAUCUCAAAGUACCAGGGCCUGUGGGAGUACAUCUGCCGCGCGACGUACCAGGGCGAUCAGGUUUCGGCCAACGGCCAUGCCAUUUACAUGCUCAACGACGGCAAGGUCCGCUCCUUCUUUGUCGCCCGCCUCCUGAUCCAGUACAUAGUCCAGAGGAUGUGGACCACGCAGGACUGGGAGGGUCUCCGGGACGACGUCACCCCGACGCUCCAGUAUUGCCGGCAGAGACUGGCCGACGGACGCAUCCCGCCGCAGCUGCGCCACGAGACGCUCCAGCGCCAGUCGCGCGCGAUCAAGUCGAUCAUCGGCGCCCCGGACUGGCGCAAGUACGAGCACCAGAAGAUCACGGCGCACACGAACCGGCUCAAGGACAUCGUGGGCCCGCUGCUGUCGCUCAACGUGGACCGCAAGUCGGCCUCGGGCGAGCUCAACCACAUCUCGACGGCCGGGUGGGACGCGUCGGCGCAGAUCCUGGCGUCCGAGUACUCGUUCCAGUUCGUCUUCAACGACUGCGGCUCCAAGUUCAGCUUCGGCUCGCACGCGGCGCUCAACAGCGACGAGGACCCCAUGGUGCUGCAGACGCGGCAGUGGCGCGUCAUGUGCGUCGUCACGCCCGGCAUGACCUACCGCGACGACUCGGGCGUCAGCGUCACGCCCCGGUUCCUGUCCAAGGCGCAGGUCCUGGUCAUGCCCUGA